CAUGGUGCUGUGUGCGCGCAGGGCACGGGUGGUGGGGAGGGGUAAGCGCGGAAUCUUGAGAGCGAGUGAGCGAGCGAGCGAGUGAGUGGGCGAGUUGAGAUCGAGGCGGGGUGUGGGGUGUAUGCGGGGCCUGCGCUUGCCCACUUGUACGCUGUGUGUGUCCGGUUGUCCGCGUGUUCGCCGCGUGGCUACGUCGCCGACCCAGCUCGCUUCACUUCGCGCUUCGCGUCAUCGGCUGCCGCCCGACGAUCGUGUCGUCCUGACUCCUACUCUGGGCUGGAUCCGAGCACAUCUCCCGCUCACGGCAUCGAGGAGGAACGGGGAAGACGGAACAGCCGGAGGCGGCGCAGACGUGACGCGGGCGGUUGACGCGGCCCAAGUUUUUCCGCGUAUCUCGUUAAUCGCCCGCCCGAAGCCCGAAAGUCUGAAAGACUGGGCUGGACCGAUCUCCAGUGCCUUCUUGGCGACAGAGGCUAGACGCCAGAGGGCGACAGGGAGAGGGCCAAGACAACGUGCACAAGGCAGGCGCGCAGGGUGCGGAAAAAUCCAUCAUGCCUUGAUUUUGCAGGAAUCGGAUGGAUGCGCGCGCUUGGGCGGUUGCUCGGGUGUGCGGCGGAUGAGCAGACGUACAGAUUGAUGAUGGAACGCUCAAAGGCAAUGCAGGAUGCAGGAUGCAGGAUGCAGGAUGCAGGAUGCAGGAUGCAGGAUGCAGGAUGCAGGAUGCAGGAUGCAGGAUGCAAGACCGUUAUAGGAGCUCCGCAUCACGCGGAGGCGCACGCACGUUCCAAGCUCACGCUCAGCGAUCACCGCGCGCGGUCUCGAUCCUCCCUGUUCUCCACGCUGACGCUGACCGCCGCCCGGAUCGCCAUGGCGUCAUGCGCUAUCGCUCAU